AUGGGUUUCAUCUCACACAGAGUGUCGAGGAACGAUUUAGAAGCAGGGGACCAUAUCUACACUUAUAGGACGGCUUUCAUUUACUCUCACCAUGGCAUUUACGUGGGCCGUGACAAAGUCGUCCACUUCACUCAGGACCAGCAAUCUAGCUCUUCCAAUGGCUCCAGCUCGUCAAGCUCUUCCAAUGGCUCCAGCUUGUCAAGUUCUUCCAGUGGCUCCAACUCAUGUUUCUCAAGCUCAAUCCCAAGUUCCCGAGCAACAACCUGUUUAGGUAUCCCCGACUGUGAUUUCAGAAAAGAUGGGAGUGGAGUGAUUAUGUCUUGCUUGAAUUGUUUCCUCGGAGAUGGAAGUUUAUACCGUUUUCAGUACAGCUCGAGCACACUUGCCUUUGUUAUCAAAUUCCGAGGAGGCGUGUGCUCAACUGCACAAUCCGAUUCUCCCGAGACCGUUGUCCAUCGGGCCAUAUGGAGGCUAAUGCCUAAGGGACCUCUAAACGGUAAUAUUCCGUGGUCGAGGGACGCCAACAACGUCGUGGAGGAGCCACGACUUAACCUCUAG